CGAAAGUGAACGCACUUUUGUGGAGAGUCCCUCGCUGUCUCCGCAAGUGUGUACACGGGUACGCAUGAGGACCCGCUUGCAACCCUCCGGUCCUUUGUUGCCCUGCUCGAAGAUGAGUUAAAUUGAACUACAGAGUUGGCCAGGGACUGGAGGCUGUGUCUCACACACACACUCCUGAGGCCUUUCCCUCACAGAACGCCAACACCUCUAUCCUCACCCAACAUGGCCGCCCCGGGACACCUUCCUCUCAUGCACAGCAAUGUUCAGGAACUCUCACUCGCGUUACCAUGGUGAUCCUCUACUCCAAAACACUGGAAAUAAAGAAGGGCGUGGACAAUCAUGAGCCCAGCACCAUGAGCAAAGGGACCGCACUCUUCUCCUGCAGCUCAGUGGAGGGGGAGCGUUGGCUGGCCCUGGCGGGCGGCUGUGUCCAGCCGGAGAGCGUCCACCAGGAGGGCGGAUUGUGGGAGGCUCUGCCCGCCCCCCCCCAGCCCGCGGUGCGCACAGCCGCCAGCGCCCUCACCCACCUGAUCCAGGACCUGAGCCUGGACGAGGCCCGCGCCUCACACACACACACGCACACGCACCGGCACACACACACACACACACACACGCACGGGCACGGGCACGCGGCCGCGCCGCCCUCUAAGCGCCAGUGCCGCUCGCUGUCCUCCGACGAGCUGAUGUGGGGCGGCGGGGGGGUGGGAGUAGGAGCGGGCAGUCGCUCGGCCUUCUCCCCGUCGUCGUCGGCGACGUCGUCGUCGUCGUCUCCGUGGCGACCGCAGGGCUCGCGCGUCUGGUCGUGGGUGGAGAAGCGGCGCUGGCACAGCGGGCCGCCCAUGCAGCGCAGCUCCAGCGUCAGCCUGCCCUCCUCGCGCCCGCACACACACCACACACACACACACGCCCACACACACACACACACACACCAGCACCACUCCCAGGGCCGCGCGCACACACUCCCGCUGCUGGACCUGCAGCCCGCGGCCACCUGCGACUCGGGCGCGGAGGCGGCCGGCGCCGGGCCGCAGCCGGGCGCCAGGGUCAGGGCCAGGGCCGACAGGGGUCAGGGGGCGUUGCCACGGAGCCGCUCGCAGCCCUGCGUGCUGAGCGAGAAGAAGGUGGCGGGGGUCAAGAGGAGGAGACCGGAUGACCACAGCGGCCACGAGGCCAGACCCUCACUGGACCUGGCCAAAAUGACCCAGAAACAGCACUUCCACAGUCUGAGCUGCCCGGGGUUCUCAUUCUUCGAGACCUGCCACUCACCUGUUGACCCGCCCCCUUCCAUCAUUUCCAGCCUCUCAGAGACCACGCGCACCUGUCCGUCUGGCCUGGGGGCGGGAUUUGGGCGGGGCUUGCACCAGAGAGGCGGCGAUGAGGAGGGGGAUUCGUCCGACGAGGAGGAAGAGGAAGACGACACCGACUCGGCAUGCAGCGUGGGCUCGAGGGGCGACACCCCUAACAGGGGCGAGGAAGAGGAGGAGGAGGAGGAAGAUGAGGAGCAUGGAACGUUCUGGAAAGGCAGCAGCAGGGCGAAGGAGAAAGAUGCGUUGAGCGAGUUGGAUGGAGAGCUGGAUAUCGAACAGAUCGAGAGGAACUGAGCAUGUUGGUCUUUAAGAAAGUAACAAAACGAAAACUAAAACUUGAGAUGGAUACAGCAAGUCGUACUGCUCUGGUGGAGGACUUUGGAAUGUGUGAAUGCAAACCCGGAAUGUUCUGUGUGUGGACUGGCCUUCAGAUCCUAUCUCCUCCUCUGGUCCGUUGGGACUGUGCCUUUUCUCUUAAGGAGAGCUCCUGCCUCCUGAGCGAACGAUAAUAAAAAUGUCUCCUUCCUGGAACUCUGGCUUUCAUUCAUCCUCACGUCCCUCUCUGUCUAUUCAUCCAUCUUUUUUUAAAAAUCUGAUUUUAGAACGUACAGGACGCAUACAAAUGACAAGGCAGUUGGACUGGGGUUCCCCUCGAGAAUUGGGCUUUCAUGAAGACCAGGAGGGGCGCUGGGGACUCUGUGGACUGAAGUGAAUGAUAGUUGUUUAUUUAGUAAGGUUCUUAUUUAAAUGAACCUCUCUGAUUGCUACCUUGUCUUUGAGGUCGUUGGGACUGAUGGCAAAAACCCUUCACAAACUAUCUGUUAAUCAAAAGGUUCCUCUGGAUUGUGUUGGUGUAUAAUUCAGUUGAGCUUGUGUGUUAGUGUGUAUGUGUGUGUAUGUGUGUAUGUGUGGUUGUGGGUGUGUGUGUGUGUGUGUGUGUGUGUGUGUGUGUGUGUGUGUGUGCUUGUAAAUCCACACAAAUGAAAAGUGCUGUUAAUUUUGGACUUGUCUGCAAGCAGCCCUACAGACAGAAGCCUACUGCUUGAGAAUGUAAGCACUAUCCCCUUGUCUGUUUCUCCCCAUGGAUGUUGACUUGUGUCCGGGCCAGUGGAAAGUUACGGCGGAGAUCGAAAGUGUGCCUGUCUUGUGGAGCAAUGUACAGAUGUAGGCGGGACCUUAGCAAGAUGGCGACGCAACCCUGAGACGCUUAGAUCGGCACAAGUGUUGAAAGUCAAUGAAAAGCUUGGAAUCUGCUGGGUUUGUGUGUGUGCGCUAGCUGAAUGGGAACAGUGAAUUUCCUCUUCUUGUCUUAAUGCUUCAUUUGAAUCACCUUCAUUCACCAGAUGAAUGGCUGAAAUUCAAAAUGGCUUCCGGCAUCAGUUUUAGCAACAGAAGUCUCUGUUCAAAGCCUUUCACUUCAUGUGCAUUUACAAAACAGUGUGAACAGCAUAGUUUUGUUUUCUUGAAUGGUAAGCAAGCAAAAACAAACAAACAAACAAACAAAAAACAAAACCUCACAAAUGAACACUGAAUCUCAGCAUUGAAGUGCCUCAUAAUAGUGACGUAUAUUUUUCUAAUUCUGACUAUUUUGUAAUCUUUCUCGUGUUUGCUUUAGCAGACUAAGCUACCCAGCAGGGACUGUUGUCCUUCUCCCUCUGUAAGGGAACUAGAUGGAAAAAUAAAAGAGAGAAAAAGUUCAA